GGGGAAGGGCCCGCGGGCCGGGGAGCAGCGCGGCUCUGUCCCGGGCCCUCCAACGCAGGCUGGGGAGCGCAGAGGCCGGCUGGUCACGCGUGGGAAAGAAAGCCCCCUUCCCCCUACGGCGCUGCUCCCCUUUCCCCAGGCUGGGCCGCCAGAGAGUGCGUGCAGGGAGAGCUGCGAGUCCCCGCGCGCGUAAUCAUGACCUCGGGGCCCCCUCCGGGCCGCGUGAGCGCGUCGGCGAGGCUGGGCGGCCGCCGCGGCCCCGGCCGUGUAACAUGACCCGAGCGGCCGGCCGGCCGGCGCGGCGCGGCCAUUGAGCCCUCCCUGCCCAUGAAUCUCUGGCGCGUCUCUAGCUCGCUCGCCCGCUCGCCUCCCGCCUCCCUUUCUCCCCCUCCAGCUCCGCGGGCUCCGUGCGCCUCUCCCUCUCCCUCCUGGUCCUCCCGCUGCCCGUCUCUCUCCACUGCCCGCCUCUCGCCACUGCCUCCCGUCUUCUCUCCCUCACGGCAGCCUCCGUCUCUUUCUCCCUCUCUCCUUUGAAAACUGAUCUUUGGCUCUUAGUGUGAAAGUGAUUUGAAUUUGGCUCGGCGGCGCUCUGCGCCUGCGCCCAGCCUCUGGCAUGCUGGCUCCUUCCAAGCAGCUGUUUUGGGUUUGAAAUUCCAACAUGGCAGAGGCUGCAGUCCGUCUUCCCUUCAAAAACUUGGAAUGAUUUCAAAUCAUAGGCACCUUCACUUAACCCUAGCUUCCAUUCAUCAGCAAACACAUCGGAUCGAUGCUACGCUAACCUAUCGGGUUCUCUCUCCGCGCGUUCAGGUUAAAUGAAUACCUGACGAAAGGGCCCACGUUUCAAGGCAGUGACAUUUGAUAGCUGAGAGGAAAAGUGGCUUUAAUGAAAAGCAACCUUUGGAAUUCCUGCUUGUGAGAAAUCCAAUUCAGCUUUUUGUGCUGCCAGCAAGAAAUGAUCAGUAGCACCAGUGUUUAUGGCUUGAAGAUGCAGUGGACGCCAGAGCAUGCCCAGUGGCCAGAACAGCACUUUGACAUCACCUCAACCACUCGGUCUCCUGCCCACAAAGUUGAAGCCUAUAGAGGUCAUUUGCAGCGCACCUAUCAGUACGCCUGGGCGAAUGAUGACAUAUCUGCUCUGACUGCAUCCAACCUACUAAAAAAAUAUGCAGAGAAGUAUUCCGGCAUUUUGGAAGGUCCUGUGGAUCGACCAGUACUCAGCAACUAUUCGGACGCACCAUCAGGACUAGUGAAUGGUCGGAAAAAUGAAAGUGAACCCUGGCAGCCUUCCUUGAAUUCAGAAGCUGUUUAUCCCAUGAACUGUGUUCCGGAUGUUAUCACUGCCAGCAAAGCUGGAGUCAGUUCAGCCCUCCCUCCAACAGAUGUCUCUGCGAGUAUAGGGAGCUCUCCUGGGGUCGCCAGCAACCUGACAGAACCUAGUUAUUCAAGUAGUACCUGUGGAAGCCACACUGUACCCAGUCUUCAUGCAGGGCUCCCAUCUCAGGAAUAUGCCCCAGGAUACAACGGAUCAUAUUUGCAUUCUACUUAUAGUAGCCAGCCAGCACCUGCACUUCCUUCACCUCAUCCGUCUCCUUUGCAUAGCUCUGGGCUACUACAGCCCCCGCCACCACCUCCUCCGCCACCAGCCUUGGUCCCGGGCUACAAUGGGACUUCUAACCUCUCCAGUUACAGCUAUCCGUCUGCUAGCUAUCCUCCUCAGACUGCUGUGGGGUCUGGGUACAGCCCUGGGGGGGCACCGCCUCCGCCUUCAGCGUACCUGCCUUCAGGAAUUCCUGCUCCCACCCCCCUACCCCCCACCACUGUUCCUGGCUACACCUACCAGGGCCAUGGUUUGACACCUAUUGCGCCGUCGGCUCUGACAAACAGUUCAGCAAGUUCUCUCAAAAGGAAAGCUUUCUACAUGGCAGGGCAAGGAGAUAUGGACUCCAGUUAUGGAAAUUACAGCUAUGGCCAACAGAGAUCUACACAGAGUCCUAUGUACAGAAUGCCCGACAACAGCAUUUCAAACACAAAUCGGGGGAAUGGCUUUGACAGAAGUGCUGAAACAUCAUCCUUAGCAUUUAAGCCAACGAAGCAGCUAAUGUCCUCUGAACAGCAAAGGAAAUUCAGCAGCCAGUCCAGUAGGGCUCUGACCCCUCCUUCCUACAGUACUGCUAAAAAUUCAUUGGGAUCAAGAUCCAGUGAAUCCUUUGGGAAGUACACAUCGCCAGUAAUGAGUGAGCAUGGGGACGAGCACAGGCAGCUCCUCUCUCACCCAAUGCAAGGCCCUGGACUCCGUGCAGCUACCUCAUCCAACCACUCUGUGGACGAGCAACUGAAGAAUACUGACACGCACCUCAUCGACCUGGUAACCAAUGAGAUUAUCACCCAAGGACCUCCAGUGGACUGGAAUGACAUUGCUGGUCUCGACCUGGUGAAGGCUGUCAUUAAAGAGGAGGUUUUAUGGCCAGUGUUGAGGUCAGACGCAUUCAGUGGACUGACGGCCUUACCUCGGAGCAUCCUUUUAUUUGGACCUCGGGGGACAGGCAAAACAUUAUUGGGCAGAUGCAUCGCUAGUCAGCUGGGGGCCACAUUUUUCAAAAUUGCCGGUUCUGGACUAGUCGCCAAGUGGUUAGGAGAAGCAGAGAAAAUUAUCCAUGCCUCUUUUCUCGUGGCCAGGUGUCGCCAGCCCUCGGUGAUUUUUGUUAGUGACAUUGACAUGCUUCUCUCGUCUCAAGUGAACGAGGAACACAGUCCAGUCAGUCGGAUGAGAACCGAAUUUCUGAUGCAACUGGACACUGUACUAACUUCGGCUGAGGACCAAAUCGUAGUAAUUUGUGCCACCAGUAAACCAGAAGAAAUAGAUGAAUCCCUUCGGAGGUACUUCAUGAAACGACUUUUAAUCCCACUUCCUGACAGCACAGCGAGGCACCAGAUAAUAGUACAACUGCUCUCACAGCACAAUUACUGUCUCAAUGACAAGGAGUUUGCACUGCUCGUCCAGCGCACAGAAGGCUUUUCUGGACUAGACGUGGCUCAUUUGUGUCAGGAAGCAGUGGUGGGCCCCCUCCAUGCCAUGCCAGCCACAGACCUUUCAGCCAUUAUGCCCAGCCAGUUGAGGCCCGUUACAUAUCAAGACUUUGAAAAUGCUUUCUGCAAGAUUCAGCCUAGCAUAUCUCAAAAGGAGCUUGAUAUGUAUGUUGAAUGGAACAAAAUGUUUGGUUGCAGUCAGUGAUAACUUCUUUAGAAAAAAAAAUGUAAUGAAUGUUGGCACACACACAUAAAACCUGCUACAUAGGGAAUAGAGCCCCUUUCCAGUAGUGUUUAAAUUGCAAAGGGUACUGGGGAAGAUGACGAUUAAGUUGCAUCUUUAGAGUCAGGGUAGAUUUGGAGGAAAAGUGCAUCAAAUGAGAGCUUCUGAUUUGAAAGCCCCAGAUGACAGAAAGCAUAUGUGGAUGCUCAGUUCUGUUCAAGCUAGACAACACUCACCAAGGAGCAAGGUGCAAGUGUGUUGAUUUCAGAAGGACAUGAACCUCGUGUGUUGAUUCCAUUCUGCUGUUCUCGAGAUUUAGUUGCUGUCAAGUGCCUGGAGUGGUGCUUUAUUUUUUGUUUGCCUCACAAUUACAUUGGUGGCAUGUGCUAAUAUAAAGAGCUUUAACUUCAAACAUUAUUGGACUAAAGAGAUGAACAGUUGUGUUAUGACAGAAAACCAGAUUUUUGCCAUUUUAAGAGCAACAGUAUUCCUCAAUCCUGUCUGUUCUGCGGUAUUAAGCUAAGAACAGGUAAAACAGGGUAACGGUAAUCUGGACCUUAAUUUCUGCAGUUCAUUUCUUUUAAUGUUCUUGUCUGCAAAAACUCAGGAAAGUGAUUGUGAUUUGUACAGUACCUCAAAGGAAUGUGUUGAAAGCACUAUGUACUGCUGAGAGUAAUAGGAUAGGCUUCAAUGUUACUUUAUAUUAAAAUGUAUGUUUACCUCAACAAUUGGAAAAUAGCAAGGAAAAUUACUUUGAAUGUAUCCAGAAAAAAUACUGAAGUGUGAUACAACUGAAUAUUUACAGUUUAAAGUAGAAAUGGAAGGAUUUUUUUAAGUUCUUUUACUAAUUAUGGGGAAUUAACCAGAGCAGAAUAAUUCUUUAUGUCAAUAACUGCAAGAGUUCUUAGUACAUUGCUCCUUGAUAAUUAAGUGAAAAUGUUCUUAAAAGGUACACUGGUUAAUUGAAAGCUACUUAUUCAGUUUGUGUUAGUGUCUAGACCUGUCAGCCACAAGACCUGUUUAGGACCCUGAAAGUCACAGUACCUAAAAACUAUGACUGCCUUUUUAUUGCAUAGGUGGUAGUGGUGGUGAUGGUGGUGGUAGUUUGCAAGUUAUCUCUUAAAACUGCUGGGAAUGGUGUCAUUCUAUUCACUAAUCUAGCUUAUAGACUUGCCGUGCUAUUUGAUAGAAUGCAGAGGAUAGCAACCAAAACAAACACACAAAUAAAUAAAAACAAAAAACCAACCAACCAACUUACAUACGUAUAUAUAUCCACAAAGAACCUCUCCAUCUCCUCCCCUUCUUUUCGACUCCACUCUUGUCAGUGCAAUUUUGCUUCUCAUUUUGAAAUCUGGGCUGUAGUGCUCCUGCUUUAUUUCUACCUCAGUUUUGUUACAUUUCUCUUGGAAAGUAAAGUAGAAAAUCGGAAGUGGACACACACACUGCAAUGUAGCUUGCCAAACAUGUUACUUUGUUUUCUUCCAUCUUUCACCAUAAAUCUAGUUUCCAAAAACAUCAGCAUCUGCGCUUACUUCCACCUCAGUCUACCAGCCCCACCCCACCCAUGGCAUAAGUGGCAUUUUUCUUAAUUUCCUAUUUUUCUCCUGCUCUCUGUCAAGUUGUUCUUUGUAUCCUUUAAUGCUUUAUGUGCAACCUUUCACUGAUAGUGGGCUGAUGUUUGGCAAUGCUUCUGAACAGUCACAGAGCAGGCUGUAGCUUUCCACAGCCACUGCCCAUGCAUAAGCAGAACAGCCUGGCCUUUUGAAUGUAUUUUCCUGGGUUUUUUCCCCUUUUCUUUUUUUAGUUUAGAGAUGCAGUAACAAAACUGUUGCAAAGCACUGGCAUUUUAUGUAUUCAAUAAAUAAGCGAUGUACAUUUUUUAAAAAAAAAUUAAAUAAAUGCAAUGAGAAGCCCCAAGAAA